AAGCAGAGCAGCAGUUCUCGUUAACAAGUCUUGAGUUUGUCAGUGAAUCACCACAGAUCUUUCUCAUCCUCAGAAGCAACAGUUUGUUAGCAAACCAGCAUUUCACAGCUCCAGCGCGUCACGGCUUCCUGUGUGGUAUACAGCUUGUCAGUUUGAUCGAGAGGAGUGCACAUGACAGACUCUUCUGGCAAUUGAAUUAAAAACAACAAGCAGAUCCGGUAAGCUAAGAUGUCGAACCCAGUGGUUACCCAUCAACCAGGCACAGGUGGCUAUGGGACAAAUGUCCAAACAGGAGAGUGGAGCACCGGCCUGUGCUCCUGCUGCAGUGACUUGUUAGUCUGUGCUUUGGGUUGCUUUUGUCCAGUUGCAUUGAGUUGCUACACGGCAAAUAAGUAUGGAGAAAACUGCUGCUUGGGCUGUUUGCCAGGAGGCAUGUCAGCCCUCAGGACUCAUAUGAGACUGACCUAUGGUAUUCAGGGAACAAUACUCAAUGACGCCCUGACGACCUUUUUCUGUGGAAUUUGCGAGACGUGCAGGAUGGCUCGAGAAAUACGCAUCAGGAAUGGAGACGUUUCACCAUAACAAGACAUAAAAUAUUAUGACCCGUACAAUAUUUUCUGCUUGUUGAUGAUGUCUAGCAAUUGUUGAAGUGAUUUAUUUUAUUCCUGUGGCAGGCCUAGCUUUCAUGCAGACAACAAUGGGGAAUGGCUGAUGAAUUAUGCAUGUCGGUAUUACAUGUAUGUUUUUACCUGCAGCCUUGUAUGUACACAUGAAACUUUGUGGCAAAGUGCUAGCACUAAUCUGCAUUACUGUAAAUAAGUUGCAUUGUUCAGUCGCUUAGUACAUGAUUAGUUACGUUUGAAUAUGAAUCAUUUUGUACACCAUUUUCAAUAAAAAUGUGAUUCUGUU